UGGCGCACUUUUAAUACUGAUAAUGACUUCAAACCUUGGGUUCUUUGAUUUAAUGGACAACUUUCUGCCAUCAGAUAAGUGUUUACUAGUGAAUGACUUAGGGUGUACUUCUUACAGUACCAGGUACAAAAGUUGCUUUAUUUAACAACGAUCCACAAAGUAGUAUUUCUUGUCCAAACUCAUCUUGCCUUUGUGUCACUGAGGAUCUACAGCUGAUGGAGCAACAUUAUGCAACUUGUCAUCAUCAUUCAUGUUCACUUUGUGGUUUAAGUUUUAUAUCUUCAAGGCUUCUUUCGAUACAUGAACAAAUUACACAUUGUGGAGCUUUUAAAUCAAAGCUGGACUGUUUUCUCGUCGCAUGCCCUCAAAAAUUCUGUGACUCCGCCAAACUUUUCGCACAUGCUUAUGAUUGCCAUGGGCUUCUUCCUGACUCGUCAGUGCUCAUAGGUACAAUGAUAAGUGUCAAAAAUCGCAAUUCUAAUAAAAUCAUGUCCGAGUUUGUUGUCCACCGUUGGGAUGAAUCCGUUGAUGGCCAACUCACCAUAGAAAAUAUGCUAAAGAAGCUCAAAUCGGAGGGUUGCAGUUACAUAAAUUACAAGUUCAGUCCUGGCACCAAUUUUCCGGAACAUACCCACAACGAAGAUAAACUGGACUGUAUUGUUAGCGGCCAGCUUUCAUUCACUAUGUAUGGAAAGGAAAUUAUAUUAGGUCCUGGUGAUCGUCUUGAAGUUCCUCGCAAUAUACCACAUUCUGCUCGUGUUGUGGGCAAAGAUCCUCUCGUAUUUGUGGAUGCUACACGAAAAUCAUAAAGUUUUUUAAGACCUUAUUUGUGGCUAUUUUGAUUUUAUGGUUGUUUUUAUGUCGCAUGAGUGCUGUCAAUAUAAUGAUCAAAAUUAUUG